GGAGAGCUGUGAAGGUGCUGGAAGCCAAGAAACUACCUUCCCGCUCAGACCAGGGGCCGGUGAAAAACGCCACAAUUCCUGGUUGCUGUGGCAACAGCGUCCUCGCAGAGACAAAGCCCUGCAGCAGCGAUCAGACUGCACCCCCUCAUCUCGGCAACGGGCACGGUGCAUCUUCGGUGAAAGAGAAAGAAAAACAAAACUCAAUUUAAGGGCGGAUUAAGGUGCCGCCUAAACAUAUGAAGACUAAUAUCAGGCGCCUGGCAUCCUCGGCUGCUGCAGGAAGGAGCUCCUUUGUGUCAAUGUUUAUCCCAGUUUACUGGUUGCCUGUUUUCAACAUUAUCGAAACUUCCAUUUCUUUGCGUAAUUCUACUGAGUAAUUGAACAGACCAGAUUUUCCCGAUACACUUAUCAAGCGAGGGGGCCAAUUAGAAGAUCAUCCCAUUUCAUGACAAAACUAUCAUGGAUCAAGGCUGGAAUAUCAAGGAUGACAUUGAUUCAGAAAUACAGCCUGUGCAAAACAAAGCUGAAGGAGAGACUUAUGCUCGGCAACUUUUGGAAGGACAUAUAAAAUACAUCACAACUGUUGUGAAACAAUUAAGCAAUGAAAUAGAGGUGCUGCAAGAUCAAAUUAGGACACAAGAUUAUGCAAUCUCUAGAAGCAAUACAGUGAUGAAAAGUCUUGAACUGCAUCAUCCGAAUGGCAUUGGGGAGCUUCAAGGCAGGGUGGCAAGGUGUGAUGCAAGCAUUGCCAAAUUGACAGCUGACAUGAUAUCAGUAUAUGAAGGAAUUCAGAAGCUGAGCCAAGAGCAACAAAGAGCAAAACUGACCUUGGAAGCCAAAAUAAAGGAUAUUGAAGGGCAGAUUUCAGAACUUUUACAGAGAGUUGAGGAAUCUAUUAGAGAGCAAGAAAGAAAGAUCAAGUUUACUGGGGGACAGAAAAGUGAACAUCCCCACCUGCUGGAUAUUGGUGGCCAGACCAUGUCACAAGUUAACUUGGAUAGGAUGAAGAGCAUAACUGAAGAUAUUAAGGAUCAGGCUUUGUCUGUUUGCUCCCAUUUGGAACAGAAACUAGCUAGAAAGGAGCAGGAAUUGUUACAUCAAAUAGAACUGAUCUCCCUAACCGUGAAAGAUAAAACUGAACGCAGUGAAAAGUCAAUAGAAGAGAGGCUUAACCAGCUAUCUGUGAAACUUGACAGAAUAGAGGCAAUUCAAAAAAUGAACUCAGAGAAUUACAGCAUAAAACAUGUUGAGAGGAAACUGAGUAUGAUCAUAUUAAGCAUAGAAGAGAAAAUGUGGAAAGAAAUAGAUGAUGUUGAAGCUGCAACUAAGAUCGGCUUUUCAGCUAUUUAUGAUAGCAUUGGAUCCUUAAAACACAUACUCGAAGCAAAAAUGAAGCAGGAUAAAGACAAGUUGCUGAAACAGAUUCAACAGAUUAAGCAAAUGAUGGAUCCCAUUCCUCUGAAGCAGAGUUCAUAA